GUUAGUAGCUGUUCGAGCUUCGAGCAUAAAAGCAUAGUCUAAAGAAAUUAGGCUAUGGUAAAAGCUUGUGUAAUAUGGCUUUAGUGAAUGAAACGAACAUAGGUCAUACUGUAUAUUCCAUAGCACGGAUUUCUUAAAUUUAAUUUAAGAAAUCCGUGAUUCCAUAGUGAGUUGAUUAGUUGACUGGAAAAUUCUGUGUGCUGGUUAAGUACUCUAAGGUUGAAGGAGAAGAAGAGAUUUUUUGAGACCAAUACCAAUUUGAUAUAUGAUGAUAAGAAGCGUUUGUUUAAAAUCUUGAUUGAAAUUGAAAUCAUAAGCCAAGAAAGUGUAUAUUAAAUACUGAGUUGGUUUAUAUAGUUUAUAAAGUUAUAAAAUUGAAUCAAAUACUUUAGAAUAAUAAGAUUAAAAAAUAACCCUCUGGUAUUCUAUAAUGAGUGAAAAACAGUUAUCAGCUGUAGAAGCUGAAUUAUAUGACCGGCAAAUUAGGUUAUGGGGUAUUGAAUCACAAGAAAGAUUAAGAGCUGCAAAUGUUCUAUUGAUUGGCAUAAGAGGUUUAGGAUCAGAAAUUGCAAAGAAUAUUUUGUUGUCUGGUAUUAAUUCCCUUACCAUUUUAGAUGAUGGCAUUGUUACAGAAGAAGAGCAAAUAAAGAAUUUUUUACUAAGCAGAGAUAGUUUGAGAAAGAAGAUUGCUGAAGAAGUACUAAUAAAAGCUCAAGCCCUCAAUCCACUAGUAAAAAUUUCUUCUGACACCGAUUCACCUUUAUCUAAAGAUUUGAAGUUCUUUGAAAAUUUUACUAUAAUUGUAGCAACUGGCAUAAAGACUGAUUUGCUACUAAAAAUUGAUAAAAUCUGUAGAUCGAAAAAUGUAAAACUGAUUUGUGGAGAUGUUUUUGGAACAUUUGGAUAUUCUCUAGCAGAUUUUCAGGAACAUGAUUAUUUCGAGGAUCAAGUUCAGUUAGCUGGUAAGAAAAGGUUUCAUGAUGGUGCUGAAAAAACUACAGUAAAAGUUCAAGGAGUUAUCAGUUAUCCAGAUUUGAAUAAAGUUUUAAUUUUACCCAAUACCAAACAAAAUGCUGCAUCUAUCAAAAAGUCUAGGAGGAGGAAUGAGCUUUUCUUCCUUAUGUUAGCCCUCAUUGAAUUCAGAAAUAAACAUGGUAGAAAUCCAUCGAUUUCACACAAAGCUGCUGAUAUCAAGUCUUUACAGUCUAUCAGAGACGAUGUGUUUAAUUUAUAUCAGGUAGAUGGAUCAAAUUGUCAUUUAACCGACGAAAUUUUUAACAUCAUCUUUGGAGAGGUGGCUCCUGUGUGUGCAGUUCUGGGAGGUGUCAUUGCUCAAGAGGUUAUCAAAGCAGUUUCUCAUAAAGAAGUUCCGAUUAAUAACAUAUUUUUAUUUGAUCCUAUUACUUACGAUGGUAAAGAAGAAUCAGUAGGUCUUUAAUGUAUUAAGUGUUUGCUGUCUUACUUAAAAUAUUCAAUAAUUUAAUAUAAUAAACGAAAUUUUACAAUUUUUUAA